AUGGUAACCCUGGUAACUGGCGGUACUGGAUUUGUCGGUUCCAACAUCGUGAGGGAACUGGCCUUACGAGGCCAUGAAGUUGUCAGCCUGGACAUAGGGCCGGCUGACUCCCUGAAUUACCAGUAUCUGGGUGACCUUGCAUCGCAGGUUGCUUUCGUAACCGGCAAUAUCCUGGAGCCGGCGGACCUGGAAUCGCUGCGUCAGUCUUACCAAAUUGAAAAGAUUGUGCAUGCUGCCGUUUUCACUGUGAACCGUACCGACCUGGAAACGGCUCGCAGCAAAGACAUUGUUGACAUAAACAUUACAGGCACCGCCAAUAUGCUGGAAAUGGCCCGGCUAAUUAGCCCGGAGCGGUUCGUAUACAUCAGUUCCGGUUCGAUGUACGGCAUGACCCGGUCGCCGGACCAGUACUUCAACGAAGACGACCCUUCCCGGGCCGAUACCCUUUACGGAAUUACCAAAGCCGCCAGUGAGGCCAUCACCCAGCGAUACGGUGAGUUACAUGGUUUCCCCACAGUCAGCCUGAGGCUAAGCACACCUUACGGCCCCAUGGAGCGGGUUACCGGCCACCGGGACAAUAUGUCCGUGCCCCACCAGUGGACUGGCAAGCUCUUGCGCGGGGACCCCAUUGCCAUCGACAACUCGGGCUUUGGGCGGGACUACACCUAUGUCCUGGACAUUGCCUCAGCCAUUGUGACCGUUGUGGACUCGAAUGAUCUCCCUCAUGACCGCUACAACAUCACCAACGGUGUAUGGGUCACUUGCGACCAAAUCCAGCGAACCCUGUCCGAACUUUUUCCCGAAGUGCGGUUGGUGGAUGAAGGGCACGAUUCUGGAUCAGCCGCGGCGGCCACUCCUACCCGAGGGCCCUUAUCGGGCUAUCGCCUGUGGCACGAUUUUGGUUGGACGCCCCAGUUUGACCUGGCGGCAGGCCUGACCCAUUACGUCGAAUGGCGUCGGGAAACGGGGUUUCUUGAUUAA